AUGAAGACAGUUAAUUGUUACGUGCUUUUAUUUUGCUGGAAAGCAAUUUGUUGCAAUAGCUGUCAGCUCACCAAUAUUACUAUAGCAGUGGAAAGAGAAGAAUGUGAAUUCUGUAUUACAGUGAACGCCACGUGGUGCUCAGGAUACUGCUUCACAAGGGAUCCAGUAUAUAAAUAUCCACCAGUAUCAUCCGUUCAGCAAACAUGUACCUUCAAGGAGGUUGUGUAUGAAACAGUGAAGCUCCCUGGCUGUGGUAAUCAUCCCGAAUCUUUUUAUUCAUACCCGGUAGCUACGGAGUGCCAUUGUGAGACCUGCGACACUGACAGCACUGACUGCACUGUGAGGGGACUGGGGCCAUCCUACUGUUCCUUCAGUCAGAAUGGAAGUAACCAAUGA